AGUGGUGCAUUUUAUUAUGCAAUGGAAAGGGCUCUAAAGGACCAGAAAGGUGCUGAUUGGGUAGCCUCUUGGAGUGGGAACCGGUGGCACAUCCAAGAUAAAUCCUGACUUUGUCUGUUCUCUCUUGGGCUCUGCAACACGGUGAGCAGAAAGGAAUCUUGUUGGCUGUUCAAGAGCAGUUUUUGAAAGAAGCAGUGCGAAAUGGUCAAUCGGCACUGAUUUUGGCAGCAGUUAUAGGAUUGUUACUGGGACAUACAUUUCCACAAGCAACCAGUUGGAUACUGCAGGAAUCAUGACAGAAGACGUUGAAGUUAGAUCCGGCGUACCAGAGUAUAAUCGAAACGUGCCCUCUGAAAAACCACAGCUCCAGGUCAUUGAUAUUAUCGAUCAAAUGGCAAAUUCUGUUGAGAUAUUUCCAUAUGAAAAUGCAGAGCUUAAUCCUGACUCUCUGCUUGUGGAAACAGAUCAAGAAGAAGCUGGUCAGUUUGUACAAAACACAGCUUGUGCUGUUUCAGUUGAAGAUAAAGAAUACCAAGGUGUCUGUGAGGAGAAUUAUCCUCUAAGUGCCAAAGUACAUGAAGGAACUGAACAAGAGGAAAGGAUCACAGAACAGCCUUGGGAGGAAAAGGCCUACAACACCAAGGAGGCCAAGGAGGACCAAGAAGAAGCACAGCCACAUGAACACAUGGAGCAAACUGAAACGGAAACAUACUUAGAAGUCAGUGGGAAUGCAUCAGGAGAAGAUGCCAAUCAAACAGAAGAGGAGUCUCAGGAAAAUAACGGGGAGUCUCAGGAAAAUAACGGGGAGUCUCAUAAACAAUGGCAGGAAACCAACAGCAAAGAUUUUUUCCCCAUCAAUCCCAAGAGUAACUCUGUGAUAGAGAAACCAAAUGAGCAGCCAGGCUUAAUGAAAAAAAGCGAUAUCUCCCGGCACAGUUAUUCUCGAUACAAUACGAUAUCUUAUCGGAAGAUCCGCAAAGGAAACACAAAACAGAGAAUUGAUGAAUUUGAGUCCAUGAUGCAUUCAUGAACUGAUGCAGAGGAUCUGAUCAGCACGAUGAGACUUCCCUUCUUCCACAGGGACAAUUCUCUCCCUUGGAACACCAACUUUCCUUUUUGAGUCUGAUCCCACUAAAAUGAGUCAUGACUAACUCUCAUUCGAACCAAUGGUACAAAUUAGUUGCGGCUGAAUAGUCCCAUUGCUUUUAGUGGGAUAUAGUAAUGGUGAAUUUUAGCUGCAUUGUGUCCAGUAUGUUUAAUUUAAGUAUAUACUUCAAAAAUGUAACCUCUGGUGUUUCAAUAUGAAAUAGCAAAUUCCUGCUGUAGGUAAAAGAACACUAGCCUGAUUUAACCUAGCCUGAUUUUGAAGGUAGGGAAAUCUCCUUCUCUCUCUCUCUUUCUUUUGUAUUGCAAUUGAGACAACAGACAGUCUUAGACUAACUAGUGAUCAUAUUAAUGCAUAUAAAAUAAUCAAGACACUUGGGCAUUAUGGUGAUUUCCUGAUAACAGAUUAAACUAGAGGAUACUAUUAUCAUAAUAAAAGUGAUAACACUUUUCAGUUGCUGUGUUCUAUCUUUUAAUGAGUUUGGGUAUCAUUAAAUAUAUAUGCCAGUUUUCAACCUCUAGCAGUUUCCCCCCAUAUAUUACCAUUUUGUUUUGAUAAAGUAAUUGCAUAGGUUUACACUAAACACUAAAUUGGGAUAAGUGACUAAGAGCGUACUCCCAUGCACACUUAUUUGCAAGUAAGCCCCACUAAAUACAGUGGGAUUUACUACUGAGUAAACAUGCAAAAGAUUGGGCUGUUACCUAGUUUGACCAACAGCUAAAUCAGUACAUUCAAGUGUCUAAAAAAAUAAUCUUGUAUUUGUUGUAUCCAGUCCAUGAAGUUGGGUCGAAGAAUAGCUUUCCACUUAUGGGAGGAUUUCUUCUACUUGUUGAAAUAGGAACUUUCUGCUUAAGCAAUUUGAUAAUCUCAGUGAGAAAGACAGACCAUAAAUGAAAUUAAAAAAAUAAAUAUAUUUUCCAUCACAGUA